AUGUUCGGACUCUCCCAACCCGCUCCUGAUUCUCCCAAGUCCACCAUCAAAUUCCUCUGUAGCUACGGCGGCAAAAUCCUCCCUCGUUAUCCCGACGGCAAACUCCGCUACCUCGGUGGUCACACACGCGUCGUCUCCGUCGAUCGCUCUGUUCAAUUUUCCGAACUGCUUCCGAAACUGGAAGAACUCUGUGGUUCAUCCGUGACGCACUUCCGCUGCCAGUUGCCCGCCGAAGAUCUAGACGCUUUGGUUUCCAUAACCUCCGACGAGGAUCUCGUCAACCUAAUCGAAGAAUACGAUCGUACCGCAUCGCCGCAAUUGCCGUUGAAGAUCAAAGCGUUCAUUUCACCGCCGAGAUCUUCUAACAAGGUUUCCAAACCUCCGUUACCAACUAUUUCAAAAACAAAAUCUGUCUCUUCUUCCUCCUCCGCGUCGUCAACAUCGUCUUCAUCGUCUUAUUGUAGCAUUACCGGUGGAAGUUCUAGUCGGAAGUACACGACGGCACCACCGGUAGUUAACCGCUGCGUUCAUCAUAUGUCGCAAGCGCAACAGACUAUGAAUCAUCUGAACAUGGAGAGAACUUCCGGGAGGAAUAUUCUCCUGCAGCGCAACUGCAAUCACUGGCAAUAA